GCCAUUCACCUCCCACGAUGCUGUGGCUGCUGCUGCUGCAGGUGUCGGCGAGCUGCCUCUGGCUGGGACACAGCGAGGUGGUGACAUCCUUUGAGAAGUGUCCYCAGUUYUUCUAUGAGGAGACCACGCCAAAUGAAGCCCUGGAGCCGAACAACCCAGCCAGAAUCUGCCAGCGCUACAACAACCAGUAUCACUAUGCCACACUGUAUGACAGAGAUUCCCGCAUUCCCAUUUACUCUGCUUACAUCUACCAGCCUGGAAAUAGCCCAAGACCUAAAGYGUGGCUGAUUGAGCCCCAGCUGAUUGGCUCAACUUAUUCCGGRGAUAUGGAAAAAGAGAAGGAUUUUGUAAAGAARUACCCUCAGCUCAUUGAGGAGCUCAAGAAGAGCCAGGCUGUCUUUGAAGACUACAAGAAAAUGGUUGGCUUGAGCCAUGGCCAUCUGAAUCCCAGUGGCCACCACAACACCUAUGGCACCAAGUUGCCGACCUUCACCCUCACCAACAUUGUGCCUCAGGAUGAGAAACUCAACAACGGCCCGUGGAUGAGAUACGAGGAGAUAACAAUGAGAAAACAGAGCAAGGGAUGUACAACCACCUACAUCAUCGCAGGGGCUGUGCCUAGGAAAACCCACACCCCUGGGGAAAGGGUUAACAUACC